AUGUCUAUAAAUAAAUUGGCUCUUCGAAAACAGAACGCACUCAGAGCAGUGUCUAAAGCACUGAGAGAAGCCCGAGAAUGGCAGUCUGCGCAGAUUGAUGCGAAAGGUGAACAAGAACCCCGUCUCUCUACAAACUUAGUUUGUGCCCACAGGGAUGAUACAGUUGUGAUUCACACGGACGGUGCGUGGAAAGAAGAGACGCUACUAGCAGGAUUGGGUUGGACUUUUCAUAGACAAGUACCUCAUAGCUCAAGCUUAUCGUGGCUCGAUCAAGGGACACAAUCCGAACAAUACGUAAGCUUACCACUCAUGGCGGAAGCAUUUGCUAUCCGGUUGGCUUUGACACAAGCACAAAUCAGAGGGCUCUCCAACAUCUGCUUGUACUCGGAUUCACAGAUUUUAAUAGGAGCUAUAAACUCUUCCAAACCGAUCAAGGAACUCUUUGGGAUUUUGCAAGACAUUGCAUCUUUUAUUCUCCUAUUUCACUCUAUUGAGUUUAGGCAUGUUGCUAGAUCACAAAACCAUGUUACAGAUUCUCUUGCGAAAAUGGCUAUUGGUAUAAUAUCUGAUGUAUGUCCUUAA